AUGGGACUCUUAGAAUUGUGUGAGAAGUAUUUUGAAACCACAAAUCUCUAUGAAGUCUUACAAAUUUCAGAAAAAGCUACUGACAAAGAAGUCAAGAAAGCGUAUCACAAACUCUCUCUCAAAGUACACCCUGAUAGAGUCGCCGAAGAAGAAAAGCUUGAGGCCACAGAGAAGUUCAAGGUGUUAGGCAGUAUCCAUGCAAUUCUCACUGACACCAGUAAAAGAGCAUUGUAUGAUGAGACCAAGUGUGUUGAUGAUGAUGACUACAAUGUUAUUGUCGAUCGAGACUGGAGUGUAUAUUGGCGACUACUAUUUAAAAAGAUCACCGAUGAAGACAUCAGAGCCUAUGAAAAGGAAUAUGUCGGAUCUGAUUUAGAAAAACAGGAAAUUAAACAAGCCUAUAUAACAGGCAAGGGUGACAUGGAUUACAUUGUGGACCAUGUACAAUUUGCCAGAUCUGAACAAGAACCAAGAAUCAAGGACAUUCUCAAUGAAAUGAUACAGAAUGGUGAGAUACCUGCUUACAAGAUAUUUACACAUGAACCUGCUAAAAAACGUCUCAGGCGGCUUGCUAAGGAAAACAAAGAAGCUAAGGAGGCAGAAGAAAUGAAACAAGAAUUAGGAGUCGGCUCAGAGCCAAACAGUUUGGAAUUGAUGAUAAGACAAAAACAAGAAGACAGAGCGUCACAACUGGACAACUUUAUUGACAAUUUGGCAGCUAAGUAUGGUGCUGGCACUAAAAAGGGUAGCAAGCGAAAAUCAGCAGCUAAAGCAGAAACCACCACAAAAAGUAAAAGGAGGAGAUGA